AUGGGGGUGAACAUCUUUGCUUUGACAGUGUUCACCUUGAGUCACCUGUGGCCACAUGUCCAAGCUUCAAGUGUAGUUCGGUUAAACACAGGGCUUCGGGUAGCCAGAGGCCAGUCAGUAUUUGUCACAGCUGGUGAACUUCAGUUCCACACGGAUGGGGUAUCUGAGGCCUGUAAAGUUGAAGUAGUGCUCACUGAACCCAUCACACAAAGAGUGGGGAAACUCACUCCUCAGGUUUUUGACUGCCAGUUCUUUCCGGAUGAGGUGAAGUAUGUUCACAAUGGCAGCCCACUUCUAAAAGAGGACACUGUCAUGCUGAGGGUCUACAGGUUUACAGAAACCGAGACUUUUGUUGAGACUGUGCUGCUAAAGGUUCAUGUGGUGGAACCUCAAAGGAGCCUCACAGAGCUUGGAAAUGUUCCUCUAGUGGUUUCUGAGUUCUACAGCCUUUCCAAUGCCAUCAAUAGCAGUGUCCUUACCUUUAAAAACCAGCCCGAAGUGAUCUGCACUGUACGUCUUGUCAGCUCUGAGAUCAACAUCCCAAUGCUUGGUCAACUGGUCACUGAGGAUCCUGAAUCAAUGCCGGCUUCUGAGCCUGGACCGAGAAAAGGACGUCAUACUGGAAUCACCUGCCCAGGAAAUAAAGCCUGUGACCACAACACAAGAGAAGUAGAGUUCUUGAAGACCGACUGCGCCGAGUUCCUCACUUCAGGUCUGAGGUACCAGCACCUCAGUCCUCCAUCACCUGAGAUUGAUUAUAUCCCAAUCAGGGUGGAGUUUAGGGACCAGACCUCCCGAGCCAUGCUGGAGACUGAGAGUAUCUGGAUACCUGUACUGAUCCAGGGGGCCAUGCAGAACCAACCCCCCAGUGCUGCCUUCAUGUCUACAUUCAUCCUGGAGGUAGAUCAGUUCAUCCUCACACCCAUGACCACUGCUGCCCUGGAUGCAAAAGAUGACGAGACCCCUCAGGCCCGGCUGAUCUUCAAUGUGACCAAACCUCCAGCGGAGGGAUAUAUAACUCAUUUGGAUGAUCACACCAAAACUGCAUUCUCCUUCUCAUGGCAAGACCUGAAUGAGAUGAAAAUUGCCUAUCAGCCCCCAAACAGCAGUCACACAGCCAGGAGGAACUAUGAGGUGGAGUUUCAGGCCAUCGAUGGCUCAUUUGUGCCGAGUCAUCCUAUCUUAAUGCACAUCUCUAUCCGCACUGCAGAGACCAAUGCUCCUCGAGUCUCAUGGAACAUGGGGUUGGAUCUGCUGGAAGGCCAAUCCAGACCAAUCACAUGGGAGCACCUACAGGUUGUUGAUAACGACAACAUCAGACACAAAUUCCCCAUCUACAUUCUUCCAAAAGAUGACACCCCUCCUUUUCUAAUCAAUAACGUGGCCUUUGAGGUUCAGGAAGGUGGCACAGUUAGGGUGGAGGAGUACAUGCUGAUGGCCUCAGACUUGGACUCCAGCAACGACUAUAUUCAAUAUCAGCUGAUUACUUUUCCCAGAGCAGGACAGCUGGUUAAGAAGUCCUCUCCACAUGAACCAGGAGUCCCAGUGAAGAGCUUCUUGCAGAGGGACCUGUUUCAAGGUCUAAUUUACUACAAGCACUCAGGGGAGGAAGUGUUUGAGGACUCGUUUGAUUUCAUCCUCUCAGAUGUCCAACAGCCUCCGAAUCUAUCGGACAGACAUACUGUGGUGAUCCAUGUGUUUCCAGUGAAGGACCAGUUGCCUGAGGAAGUUUCCGGAACAGUUCGCUCCAUCACGGUGAAGGAAACCGAGGUUGUUUACAUCACUCAGAGCCAUCUGCACUUCAGAGAUACAGAGCAUUCAGAUACUGACCUUAUGUAUGUGAUCAUUCAUCCCUGCUUUAACCCGAGAAAUACCAGGUUAUCAGAUGCAGGCAGGCUGUUUUAUACUGACAGCACAAACUCCAUGAAAAAAGAUGCAAUGGUUCCAGUGCUUAAGUCCUUUACUCAGCAUGCAGUGAAUCACCACAAAGUGGCUUACAUGCCUCCAAUAGAGGAUAUUGGCCCUGAACCUCUCUUUGUGCAGUUUGUGUUUUCUGUGAGUGACCAGCAGGGUGGCGCUCUCACAGGUCUCACCUUCAACAUCACAGUCAUACCUGUUGACAACCAGGCCCCAGAAAUGUUCACUAACUUGUUGAGGGUCGAGGAAGCUGGUGGUAGUUUCUUGAUGGAGGAGCACCUGCUGGUGCAGGAUGUGGACAGCUCAGAAGAUCAGCUCAGGGUUCACAUGAAGACUCAGCCCCAACAUGGAAGACUGGAGCUGCAGGGCACAGCAAUGCUAGAGGGAGACAGCUUCAGUUUGCAGGACCUAAAAGCAUUGAGGGUCAGAUACAUUCAUGAUGACUCUGAGACCCUGAAGGAUAGCAUUGGUCUUACUAUCACAGAUGGAAUCAACUCUGCAUAUGGAACGCUUUUAGUUCAGAUCCUGCCUGUGAACGACGAACCCCCACAGUUAGGCUCCGACUUGAGGGCUGAACUGUCCUGCAAAGAGGGGGGUCAGGUCCAUAUUACGGUUGAGUAUCUCUCUGCUACAGAUGUUGACAGCGAGGACACUCGGCUAACAUACAUGCUUGCCAGAACACCUGCACGUGGGGUGCUGCAGCGAAACGGGGUCACCGUGGACAAGUUCUCCCAGCUGGACAUGCUAAAUGGGCUCAUCUUCUACCUACACACAGGUGGUGAGAUUGGACCAGAUCCUGUCUCAGACACUGUCACUCUCAUUGUGUCAGAUGGAGAGGCUGGAACAAUAGAUGGCUGCUGCCAGGAGGAUGCUCUCCCCCCACCCGUCCCCCUGCAUGGCACGCUUCCGGUCUAUGACCUCAACAUCACUGUGAUGCCCGUCAACAACCAGGUCCCAACCAUAACGCUGGGUAACAUGUUUGUGGUAGAUGAGGGUGCCAGUGCAUGUCUGUGUGGGGGGGUUUUGGAGGCAUAUGAUCCUGAUAGUCAUCCAGACCAGCUCAUGUUUCACUUGGUGACCCCACCAAAAUAUGGGUUCCUGGAGAACACCCUUCCAUCCCCUGGCUUUGAGAAAAGCAAUGCUGGACUCCGAGUGGUUUCUUUCAGCCAGCUCCACCUCAGUUCGGGUUUCAUCAACUAUGUCCAGUCAGUGCACAAGGGUGUAGAGCCUACAGCAGACUUCUUUACCAUCACUGUCAGUGAUGGGAUUCAGAGAUCAGCACCAUUGCCAUUCUACAUCAUCAUCAACCCUACCAAUGAUGAGAUCCCAUCAUUGCUGCUUAGCAACUUCACAGUCAUGGAGGGAGGGAUGAAAGACCUCAGUCCUGAUAUUCUAAAUGCAGUGGAUGGUGAUAUUCCAGCAGAUACUCUUACCAUGACCAUCCUGGUUCCCCCAGCCCAUGGCACACUGGUCAAUGGCAUAUAUGGUCUCAAGAUGAAUCGCUACAAAAACAUGAACCCCGAGGUCCUCCAACGAACCUUAGCAAUCCAGUCUUUCACCUUACAGGAGCUACAACAAGGAAUGAAGAUUAUGUAUAUGCACGACGACACAGAAACCCUCAAGGACGCUUUCACCAUACAGUUGACAGAUGGUGGGCACACAGUCCAGGGGACUGCGUGUGUCCGCAUCAUACCAGUCAAUGAUGAAAAGCCAUGGCUACUAAAAAAUGCAGGCAUUGAGGUUGAGGCCCUGGAGAAGAGAGUCAUCUCCAGUGCAGUGUUGGAGGCAGGGGAUCAUGACACUCCCAACGACCAUCUUCUCUACAUCCUCAAUGCAGGUCCCAGAUUUGGCCUACUUCAGCUCAGGACAGAAGCUGGAUGGAUUGACCUGAGUCCAGGUCAGAAUUUCACCCAGGAGGAUGUGGAGAUGAAUCGCCUAUGGUACACUCACACUACAGUUAGUGGUUUGAAAGGCCAUGACAGGUUUCACUUUGUUCUCAGUGAUGGAGAAAACACAACACCUCCACGGAGUUUCUUCAUCUCUGUCCGCACUGUUCCAAAGGGUGAAAUCGCUCUAAUCACUAAACCUGUGAUCUUGAUGGAGGGAGAGCGAGUCAUUCUGACCACUGACAUUCUGAUGGCCACAGACAGUGGAAGCGAGCCAGAUGAGCUCUUAUACACUGUAUCAGUCCCACCUGAACAUGGUCACCUACACAUGGUCCAAAGUCCAGGGGUUCCAGUGCUUUCCUUCUCCCAGAUGGAUGUGGCUGCUAACCGGGUAUGCUACACUCAUGACAACAGCCGUUUUGCUGACCGUGAUUCUUUCAGCUUUGCCGUUACCAACGGUGUAACGUCCAGAAGCGGUACCAUUCAUUUCACUGUGGAACACAGUGACCGUAUACCACCAAACCUGACUAUCAACAAAGGCCUGGAGCUCACAGAGGGCUCUAUGAAGACCAUUUCCACUGAUGACCUGAAACUGACUGAUCCAGACACAGCUCUGGAGAAUCUCACCUACAUCGUUAUUCAAAGCCCACAAUAUGGAAAGUUGCUCUUGAAAAGAUUACCCAUCUCUAAGCCUCGUUUCACACAACUGGACAUCAACAACAUGGAUCUAGCUUACCAUCAUCUGAAUGGACGGGCCAAGAUCGACAGGUUCACCUUUCAGCCUAUUGAUGGAACUAACACAGGUUAUCUAGAGUACGGACAGCUGAAGAGAGAACCUGCUGUUUUUACCAUACAGAUAGAGAUAUUGGACAAGAUUCCACCCAGUGUUAUAAACAAAGGGAUUCCAAGUACUGUGGAGAAUCUUCUGAAUGGCAAACAGGGCAUCUAUAUCACCUCCAAAGAGCUGCGCGCCUCAGAUCCAGACAGUCCUGACGACACACUGGAGUUCACCAUCACAAGGCCUCCACACUUCGGUUACCUUGAAAAUGCCCUCACAGGUGCCUAUAUCAAAGGACGCUUUACCCAGAAGGAUCUGGAGCAGAAAGCAGUGCGCUAUGUCAUACCUGCAGAUAUAGAAGUGACAGCGGACAGCUUUGAGUUCCAAGUCACAGAUCCUGCAGGAAACACCAUGCUGCCUGAAGUGAUGGAGUUCAGGUGGUCUCGCGUGGAGCUGUCAGCUUCCUGUUAUCGUGUUUGUGAGAAUGCAGGAGCUCUAGCUGUGCAGGUGGUGCGCAGUGGGAUAUCUAGUAUGGCACAUCUGUCAGAGGUGGACAAGAGAAAUCAAGAAAGAGUUUGGAGAUUUAUUAGAGAGAAGAUCAGGAAACUGCGGAGGUCAAAACCUCAAGAAUAUAAAGUCCGGCUGGAGAAGCGCAGUGAGGUGAAGACGGAGCCGCUCGGACGGUCCAGACAAGCAGAAUUCGUGAAGUACAUGGAGAAAGAGCUGGACAAACGUGGUAAAGCAGGAGCUGGGGGCUUCACCAAAGAUAAGACAUUAGGGUCUAUUCUCAACCUUGAUAUGGUUCAGGAGAAAUCUGGAUCUGAAAUUGUAGAGCUGUGGAUGCAGUACUUCUCAAAGAAAGACACAAUCAGUGCCGUCAUACCAGGCUCAACAUUUGAUAUUGUUUUUGGUCGUGCCAAAUCUUGCCCAAUGUUUCUGUACGCUCUGCCCCAGAAGGAGGGCUAUGAGUUUUUUGUCGGCCAGUGGGCAGGUCAUGAACUGCACUUCACAUCUUUAAUCAAUGUUCAGACAAUGGGAGAAAACGCACCCAGCCAGCUUAUUUUAUACCACUAUACAGACCUGCAGAAGGACAAAGGCAUCGUGCUGAUGACUGCUGAGAUGGAUAGUAAAUUUGUGACUGUCCACCAGGCACAGUGCUUGGCCAAUCAGGUGCAGCUGUUUUAUGGAUCGCAGCUUGAGACUUUCCGAUUGGUCGAGAUCUUCAACCACCAACCGGCAGAGUUUAAACACAUGUCUGUGAUAGCAGAACUCGAACAAAGUGAUAUUGGACCAGCAGUCACUAUAAAAUAAUCCAAAGGCAAUAAAUAUGGUGUUGCCUAAUGUGUACUGUCGCUUUGGGAAAGCAGCGCUCUGUAACUUUGUAUGGAGGCCUGUGAGAGUCUCUGCAGCCAGAUGAGAAGAUAAUGUGUUGCCUUUCAAUAGAUAUGUGUUAAAUAAUCUCAAAAUAGAUAUCAUAUCACAUAUGAAAACCGAUACAUACAUUAGAUUAGCAGAUUCAGUUCUCAUUUGACUCCCAGUAAAUGUACUCAUUAGCAUUUGGCACGAAAUACAGUACUAGUGUGAUUGUAUGAUAAUUUUGUGCUUUAAAAUGGAAAAAGGAAGCUUUUUAUUUGGAUAGAAAUGCCAUAGAUAUGUUUCCCACAAAAUAAGUCAUCCACUUCAUGCAAAAAUGGUGCACUUAAUUCUUCCUUAUGUAUAGUAUUACUUCAAAUUAUCGAACUUAGAUAACAGUUAAGUUGUUCAAGCCAGUUUACUAAAAAAUACAGGCGUCUUUCCUCAUUCUUUACUGAGAUAAACACACCUGUAGCCUGGUGAGUGAGAUCCAUAAAUGGACUAUCUGAAAUACCCUGAGGACCCAAUGUUCUUGUAUGUCCUUUGGGGUGCUAUUCAUAAUAAAGCCUCACAUUUUGGUGUGGUAUGUAUGUACCUAGUUCUGUAUUUUGUAUUAAAAUUGGAAAACAAAAUAUAAAAGUGACAUAUGCAAAUAAUGCUUGAGAAUU